ACAGAGUGUCUGUGCGUUCGCACAAAGCUUGAGUGCCGGCUUGGCGGCAGCCAAUUUGAGAUCUCACUGAGAUCUCUCAAUGAAGCUCAAUGUCUGGCCGAGAUGAGAAUUAUGUCUUUUGUGUCACGAAUAGAAUCUUGUCAGUGCUAGUAGGUUGUUCAAGUUGUUUUAAUAAUAGGCCGUCAACACGACUUUAGGUGGCCAAUUCUAACACAGAAAUGCUCUAAAUGUAGGCCAGUCCUUGCAUGGUACCACUGUUAAGCUUCAUCGGACGACAACCAGGUUCAAGGUGAUGGGCUGAGGCAGGGACAGAACAUCCGUUCGCCGACUAAAGACAAUGUGAUCACGAUGCCUAUCACUUACAUGAGGUCGAUUGGCCGCAACUUUGCCCACCUGGGCUCAGCACGCCUCCGACCCACGAUCGCUCAUGGAGCUCUAGCUUCGUCGCCGUCCUACCGUGCAUGGAUUGCACUCCGGAGCCUCAGUGCCACGGCUGCAAGCUAUGCUGAUGUCAGGCUGGACUUGCCCGCCCUUGACGCCAAAUGGCGGGAGAAGUGGUCUUCCCUACCGGACUCUGCCCCUGAAACCAGCAAUGCAGGGGCCAGAGGGAAAUACGUGCUGCCCAUGUUCCCGUACCCCUCCGGGCACCUGCAUCUGGGACAUCUCCGCGUCUACACCAUCGCCGAUGCGGUCGCGAGGUUCCAUGCCCUCCAAGGGCACAACGUGCUGCUGCCAUUUGGCUGGGACGCCUUCGGGCUCCCAGCAGAGAACGCCGCCAUUGAGAGGGGCAUCAACCCGGCCACGUGGACGAGAGCAAACAUCGCCAAGAUGAAGGAGCAGCUUGACUUGAUGAACGGGUCUUGGGACUGGUCUCGCGAACUAGCCACCUGCGAUCCGAGCUUCUACAAGCACACGCAGAAGAUCUUCCUCCUCUUGCACGAGCAGGGGCUAGCUUACCAGGCGGAAGCCGAUGUCAACUACGACCCGGUCGACAAGACGGUGCUGGCGAACGAGCAGGUCGAUGCGAACGGGUGCUCCUGGCGGUCCGGCGCCAAGGUCGAGAAGAGAAAGCUGAAGCAGUGGUUCCUUCGCAUCUCCGAGUUCCGAGACUCUCUGCUGCAGGACCUCGAGGUGCUAGCAAAGAAUGAGGCCUGGCCGGACAGGGUGUUGGCGAUGCAAAAGAACUGGCUUGGCAAGUCCACGGGCGCCAUCAUCAAGUUCCCUAUCCUGGCAUUCGAGCAUCAUAUGCACGCUGCGAUCGAGGUCUUCACCAGCCGGCCGGAUACCCUGUUUGGUGUACAAUAUCUGGCGCUUGCGUCGACCCACCCGGUGGUUUCGAAACUGGCGGAGAGGGACCCGGAGCUGCAGGCUUUCCUGGACACACUUCCCGGACUACCGCCCGAUUCCAAGGUUGGCUAUCUGCUGCCUCACAUCCGGGCCGUCAACCCACUCGCAUACCACGAAGCUACGCCAGAGGCCACCAAACGAUCCAUCCCUGUUUACGUAGCCCCCUACGUUCUCGGCGACUACGGCGAAGGAGCCGUAAUGGGGGUCCCAGGGCACGAUGUUCGUGAUCACGCCUUCUGGAAGGCCCAUCACUACGACGAGCCCGUUAGGUUCGUGCUCGCCGCAUCCGAGGAUGAGUCUACCACGGCCAUGCGGAACGACCCUUAUGUGGACCACGGCAUCAUGACGGAGCACAGCGGAUUGUUCAAGGGCAAGUCAUCUACGGAGGCUGGGCGGAUGCUCGUUGCUAUGCUCGAAGAGGCGGGUCUCGCCAAGUCGGCUGAAAAGUGGCGUCUCAGAGACUGGCUGAUCAGUCGCCAGCGAUACUGGGGGACACCCAUCCCUAUUGUGCACUGCGAGUCAUGCGGGGCCGUGCCGGUCCCCGACGAGCAGCUCCCGGUGGUGCUCCCGGAGGUUGACGAGCAUUGGUUGGAUAAGAAGAUGGGCAAUCCGCUCGAGGGUCUCGAGGACUGGGUGAAUACCUCGUGCCCGAAGUGCAGCGGCCCGGCCAAGCGGGACACAGACACCAUGGACACGUUCGUCGACUCCAGCUGGUACUACAUGCGUUUCAUUGAUGCGCAUAACAAGGAUGCGCCCUUCUCGGCCGAAAAGGCGAAAUCAAUGCUGCCCGUGGACCUCUACAUCGGAGGCAUCGAGCAUGCGAUCCUGCAUCUGCUCUAUGCCAGAUUCAUCUACAAAUUCCUCAUGACCUCGCCGCUUGUCCCAGAUGCCGCAACGGCAGACACGGCGGCGCAUGAGCCCUUCCGACGACUCGUGACCCAAGGCAUGGUUCACGGUAGGACGUACAGCGACCCGGCAACGGGCAGAUUCCUGAAGCCGGACGAAGUCGACCUGAGCGACCCCGCGAACCCAAAGGUCGUGGCUACAGGCGAAACGGCUACCGUCAGUUACGAGAAGAUGUCCAAAUCGAAACACAACGGGGUGGACCCGACCAACGUCAUCACCCAGCACGGAGCUGACGCGACCCGGGCACACAUGCUUUUCCAGGCGCCCGUCAGCGAGGUCCUCGACUGGGAUGGCGACAAGAUCGUCGGCGUCACCCGGUGGCUCGGCCGUGUCCAUGACAUGGUCCAGAGGCUCGCCUCCGCUUCGACAACAGAAGCAGACACGCCGAGAAGCUACUUCGAGCGCACCGCCGGCAGACUCAGCUCCAUGACGGCGGAGGAGCUGGCGCAGUGGGACGUGGACGUGGCGCUCUGGCGCGACGUGCAAAGAACGAUUGCGUCGGUCACGGCGUCCUACGACAAGGUUUAUGCGCUGAACACGGUUGUCUCGGACCUCAUGAGCCUGGCGAAUACCAUCCAGGAGAACGACAGUGCGGCGAGCGAAUUUGUUCAAAGGCAUGCUGUCUCAGCCCUCCUGCGCAUGAUGGCGCCCAUCACACCCGCCUUUUCGGAGGAGUGCUGGAGCAUCAUGGGCUUCCAACGCGAAGGCGGGUCGUCGAUGUUCAAGGGCCAGAGCAGGGCAAGGUUCCCCGAGCUGGACGGUACGCUGGAGCUCGAGUUACUGCAGCCGAGGAAGCAAACGUGCGCGGUGCAGGUGAAUGGCAAACUGAGGGCCGUGGUAGAGAUCCCGAAACCAAACGGGCUGGUCGGUGAUCGGCUCAGGGAUUGGGUCGUCGCUGAGAUCUUGAAGACGGACGAAGGCAAGACCAAACUGUCUAGCGGGCCAAUGGACGUUGCACAGGCAAAGAAGGUGAUCGUGAUCAAGGAUGGAAAGCUUGUAAACUUUGUAUUAUGAUGUACAAUGACACAUUAGGCCGGGCGAUGGACUGUGUGCUGUACAAUACAACUAAAGGUACCUAUGCG